AUGCGGAGCACCAUUGUGGCCCAGAAACGAUCUAGGCCGAUCCCAGCUGAGGGAGGAUGGGGCAUAGUAGUGGUCAUUGCAGCUCAUUUGAAGCUCGCCUUUCUAUUCGGUUUGAUGAGAGGAUUUGGAGUCUUGUAUCUGAGCUGGAAAACGGAGUUUGAAGCCAGUGCUAAGGAGACAGCGGCAGUACAGAGCCUCAUAACGGCUGUUUCCUGCUUCAGUGGUGCUGGCCUUGGGAUAUCAUUCAAUGCUGGAUUAGUGGCAGUGGCUAUGUAUUUUAAAAGGAAAUACAAAGUAGCUCAUGCGGUGGCCUUCUCCGGUAUAGGGACAGGAAUAAUGGCUUUGCCUCCGGUAUUUCAACAACUUCUGGAUUCUUACGGAUGGAGGGGCGCCGUUUUAGUCAUAUCUGCAAUCGUGGCCAAUGUCGUGGUAUGCGGGGCACUUCUCCGACCUCGGUAUCGGCGCCGAUCCAGGCGAACUGAAACCUCACACGAUUUCAAAAAGCAUGAUAAUGUGUCAGGUGAUAGCCAAGAAGGAAUCACAGACAUAGACCACGAUCCAAUUUGUGAUGACGAAUCCAGAUCUGUCAUGGUGACUUGCAGUGAUUCUGUUGACCCGCAGGAUGGCUGUACCAUACCGUGCAGAGGGCCAGAGAUACAGACAGACAAGCUACAUCCAGUCUGCGAGAAAUCACCUGUUAUCAAACACCUGAAGAGAGUAUCAUCUGAACUGGGAUUGAACAUUUUCCUGCAAAGUUACCGAUUUUCAUUGUUGUGUUUAACCCUGUUUGAAUUCUCCGGUCCUUAUGCAGCAUUUGCGGUGUUUAUCGUUCCACGUGCACAGAGCAUUUCAAAGGAUGGGCCUGUCGGUACUGGGGUUGUCACGCCCUCUAGAGCCGCGUUUCUAAUCAGCGCACUGGGUAUCGGUAGUCUUGUUGGUCAGCUGGGGAACGGACUUUUGAUAAGCUGGAAGAUUUCCGCUGUAAACGUCAGCGCUGCCUGUUUAUUCCUGUGUGGCGUUUCCUCGCUUCUUAUCAACGCCGACGAAUACGCCGUUUUGGUGGUUGCGUCCAUCGUGCAGGGAUUUUCUACCGGAGCCUUUUACGCCAUUACGGUUGUCUUGACACGGCGGUUUGUGGGAAUGGGAUAUUUCGCUAUCUGCACGGGACUUUUUCAUAUUUUCAUGGGCGUGGGAAUGCUAAGUGGACCCAUACUUGCAGGUUGGCUGUUCGAUGAGACUUCCAGCUACAACUCUGUAUAUUACAUGCUGGCUGGAAUCUAUUUCAUCUGUGCUCUACAAAUGCUGCUUGUUCCUCUGCUCAAACGACUGGAACCAGGAAUGGACAUCAAACCUUUAGACAAAUGAACUUUAGGGCAAAAGCAUAAGGUGGAGAAACCGCACUUAUAGGCAGGCCCGGAUUACCCAAUAGGCACAUGAUAGGCACUGUGCCUAUAGGCCCACGAAAAAUUCGGGGGCCUAAAAAAAAUUGGGGGCCGUAUAUACGAAAAUACAGCAGUGUGCCAUAAAACACACACAUAGGCCUAUACCCACAUGCACACACACACCGUACCCACGCGCAGAGAAAAGAUUUCAAAAAGUUUUAGGGUCUCUCUUACAAUUUUCGAUUUCACCAACUGACGCUGUAUAAUUAUGUAUAGGCAUAUACAUGUAGGCCCUACACAUAAAAUUUACGUGUAAUGUCUGUCGUUAUG